AUGCUGUAGCCUCAUGUAAUUGCUUACUUUAACUCAGGUUAUCAAUAGGUGGAACAAAUGAAAUAUCCUAUACUCAACAGUAGGGGGAGACUUCUAUCACAAGUUGCUUUGGUAUCAUAUCUCCAUUAUUUAAAUUAUUUUAAAGCUUGCCAAAGUGUUUACCCAGGAUGUAGAUCAUGCUCCUACACCUCAUCUCUAGUGACCCAACCUAAUAAUUAGCAGAAUUGGUAGAGUAAUUCAGCUUUAACAUGCAAUGAAUGCGAAGAAGGACUCUAUAAAUAUAAUUACACAAGAUCUUAUUCAAUUAAAUAGCAAAAUGGUUAAUCAAUGACUCAAACUGUAUUUAUGAAUGUUUGCGUACCUGACUGCACCUUGAUAAGCUAGAAUUUGGUCAAUAAUCCGGUAACUCAAAUGUGUGAAUUCUUGGGCUACUACUGUAAAUACGGAGACUUUUACCAGGGCUGCAGGUAGUGCUCACUAGAAGAAAGUAAGAGUGGUGAAUAGUAAACUCCUUCUUAUACUUGCAAUACUUGUUGGUCAUCCUACAAUGCGAGCACUUAAACAUUUUCUGAUAGUCCUUCUGGUCCAGGAGCUAAAUCUUCAUGCUAGUUUUGCAAUCAAGGGUACUCACUUUAUUAGGAUAAAUGCUAUCUGAGGUGUCCAACAUCUUAUUUUACAUAAAUGAUUCAUAGUAGUCAAACAAAUCAACCUACAGCUGCUACAUGCACAAAAUGUCAUGAUACUUGCUAUAUGUGUAUAGAUUCGGGAGAUUAAAAUUGCACCAGCUGUAAGAAAGGAUAGUAUCUUAUAAUCACAUAAAUUAACACUCAAUCUGGAUAUUGCUCCACUAAGAAGGCUGUAUCUAAUGAUAUAAAAAACCAAGCAUUAUAUGUCACUAGUACAAGGGAUUAAACUGAUACUUAUGUUAUCAAUAAAAGCUAUGCAAAUGUAUAUACAUUUGACAAUAUACCAGAGGCACUUAAUAGAGCCUAUGAGAGCACUAAUACUGUAAGACCAGUUAUAUACAAUAAAGUUGGAGGUAUGUUUUCAAUUCAAGUUCCAUCAAGUCUUGAAUUCAGCAAUUUAAUUUUUGAUUCAAUAGACUCAGUUCUACCAUUUACUUCUAGCUAAGGUUAAGCAGCCACUUGUUUGAAUUAGGCUUUGCCUUGCUGCACUUAUACAUAUUCUGGUAUUAGUAAAGUUUUGAACUGUGGGAACCAAACUUGUGCAAUUAGAAAAUUCAACGGACUUUUUAAUAUGAUAAAUCAUAAGGAAUCAUCUAUUGAAAAGCAAACAAUUAUAAUAAAAGAUUCAACUUUUCAGAGUUUCAGUAUUUGCGGAGCUAUUUACUCAAAUGACUUGGUUAAUAGUAUACCUGGUUCAGAUUAAUUAACCUAAACUUUAUCCUAGGCAUAAUACUACCUAGCAGUAUUUAACUACACAAUUGAGGAAUAUUAAGAUCUAUAUUUUAACAAGGCAUACACUGGAACAGAUAGCUCUGAAAUUAUACUGUCAAGCAACACAUUUAAAAAUUUUCAUGCACUUAAAACUACUGAGUCCUAUAUAGAUGCAGUAGACUAUAAAACUAGAUAUCAUGGACUUAUCAUUUCAUUGAAAAAUUUCGGAGGAAGUAUUUAUGUUUAUCAGAAUUCCUUUUCUGAAAUCAUAUAACCUUUUUCUACUCCAAAUAACCUUAAUAAGACAAUAAGUGCGAAAGCUACUCUACAAAAGACAGAUAACUAUCCUAACUUAAUACUGGAUGAUUUGAACUACUUGCAAAUGAAUGAAUUAUCAGAGACUUCAGCACCUUCUGAAGUACUAUAAUGUGGAGGAGGGACUCUAAUAUAUAAUAACAAAUUUCAAGGAAUAACUGGAUUUGAAAUGGUGGAUAAUGGAUUAAUUUUUCUAGGAUGCAGAAAUACAAAAGAGAAUAUGAAUUCGGGUAUUACCUCAUACGAAUCGAUCUAUGAUAAAUAUGGAACAAACUAAAAUCAGUUCUAUGAAAAAUUCAAAAAUUUUGCUGCUAACCUUACCAGUCUAUCAACUUAAGGUAGUCUUAGUCUUUCUGUUUACAACAAAGUUACUCUUGUUAAGGAUGAUUCAAUUACAGUUAGCAAAUAUUAAUCAUAGUUCAAACUAAAUAGCUACACAGAUUCCUAUAUUGGAGUCACUUAUAAGGACGAUUAGACAUCAAAUACUUAUCUAGGUAGCUUAAUAAAUCUUAUGUGGGUCAUGGCAGUGACUAUUGAAUCUGAAUCAUUCGAAAACAUUGGUGGAUUUACUUAAGAGUAGUUAGAUUUGUCUCUAGUCUAAGUAGGUAGAGGUGCUUACUCUGUAGGUUAAAAAGAGAAACUGAGUGAACCAGAUAAUCGAGAUAACUUCUACUUAGUUCAACUGGGCUCAAGCAUCUUUUGCAUCUAAUAAAUGGUUUCAUUUACACUUAAAAACUCAACUUUCAAAAAUGUGUGGAACAUAGAUAGAUAUAAUUCAUUUGGUGAAAAUUAGUAAGCACUUAUUGCUUAUUUCUAAAACUAUUAUGGGAAUCUAACAAUUGGUGAUGACACAAGUACUAAAACAUAUAACACCUUUUAAAAUAUUGUUGGAAUGUUCAAUGAUGUAACUAUCUCAAAAUAUUCUUGGGAUCCAACAGAUAAAAAAUAUUAGUACAAAAGUAAAGAUUCUUAUGGAUUUGGCUCACCUUUCUUUUACCUUAAAAAUAACAAUCUAGCAAAUCUCAAUUUCAGAAAUGCUUAUGUAAAAAACAAUUAUGCGUACAACGAACAAACUUCAACAUCUAUUUUGGCGUAAAUAUUAGAAUAUGAAACACAGCGAACAGAUGAUGGGGUAAAUGUAUCUCUUUAGAAUAUUGUUCUAAGUAAUAAUUUUGCAUAAAAUGGAUAGCAAUAUUUUUCUUUAACAGCUAAUAAUCUUACUAUUUCAAAUGUCACUGUUUCAAAUAACGGAGGAUAUUUCAGUUCUGUAACCAAGGUUUCUCAAUAAGAUAUAAAAGAAAAAUAGACUUCAUCAAUUUUUAAACUGAUAAUCAAGCUAUCAAAUUAUAGCUAAUUCAAAAUAUAAAAUUCAGAAUUCUCAAGUAAUGAGGCAGAAGAGACCCCAUUAUUCGACAUUUCUACUUAAUCAAUUGAUAAAUUUUUGGACUACUAUUCUUUUGUUUUCUCUGAUUAUGGACUUAUUAAUGCUGAUGAAAUUAUCAAUUACUUAGAGUUUUAUGAUUGUACUUUCUUCAGUAACACUGGUUCAUCUGCCUAAACCUUUUAUCUGGCGGAUAACAUGGUUUAAUACUUCAAUGUAACAAAGAGUACUUUUUCAAAUACAACAUAUGAUUUCGAUGAUAUCAAUGAUAUCUUAUUAAGCUCUCCAACUGAAUAUUAUAAAGACUCAGCAAAAUCGUUAAUAGUAGCCUCUAAUCAAAAAAAUAUUAACAUUUAAGAAUGCGUUGUGAAGAAUAUUCAUUUCAGAUAUAGCGGAGCUUUUAUUUAGUUAGAUUCGCUAUCAACCGCUAGCAUUACUAAGUCAACAUUUUAAGAUAUUAGUUCAUAUUUAGCUGGAGUAAUCUUGCUUAAGAAUAGCAAUCUGACUAUGGUAUCAAACGUAUUUGACUCUUGCUAAGCAGUAACUGUUGGUGUAAUCUAGGCUCAAGAUAGUUCUACAAUUGAAGUAAACUCUACAACAUUUCUGAGCAACUUUGCUACUGAAAUAAGUGUCUUCAAAGUCUCUGCUAGCUCUGACAUUAAAGCAUAUGGAUGCAGUUUCUAUUAGAACUAUGUAUCAUUACAAAACACGAUCGGAUAAUUCAUUUAAUCUAAAAACUCUUAUAUCAAGAAUUCACUUAUGAGGUCGAACUAUAUCUAGACUGGUGGGUCUUCAAAUACCCUAGAUAAUAAGGCUAUCAAAAAUUGUGCAGGUAUUCAAGUUGUUCUUUCGAAUGUUUAUUUCAAUUAUUCAACCUUUUAUAACACCUAUUAAGCAUCAGAUUCGACUAAGACCAUAUCUGGAAACUUUAUCUAUGCAAUUUCAGAUUCAAAUAUAUACUUAAAUAAUACAAAAUUGACAAAAGGAUUAGGUAAAAAUGGGGGUGCCAUAUAUUUGCUCGGCUAUUCUAAUCUAACUGUUGAAAAUACCUAUUUUAUAAACUGCAACGUGACAAAUCAAGGAGGAGCUAUUUAUGCUGCCUCAUUUGAUCAGUUCUCUAUUAUCAACUCUUAUUUUUAGGAAAAUUCAGCAACUAUUUAAGGUAGUGCAAUUUACAUAGCUAAUUCUAUUGGAAAUUUAACAAUCAACUCUUCAAGCGAAUUCAGUUCAACAAAGUCUACUAACUUUAUAUACUUAAGUUCUGUAGAAUCAGUCAAUAUAACAAAUUCUAAAUUCUAUAGUUCUGCCAGUACUGAGUUAUAGGCCUCUAACUAUUCAGCUAUUCAUGUUGAAAAUAUCAAGCAGUUCUAGCUUUUGCACUCUGAGAUGAAAUAACUAUACACAACUUCUAAAGGAGGUUGUCUCUACAUCACAGAAAAUUCAAAUAAUAAAGUUACUAGUAAUUACGCAAGAUACUUAAUCUCUGCAUCGAAUUUCACAAACUGCACUAGCCUAUAGGGAGGAGCAAUAUACCUUGACAAUAUUUAGGGAGUAUAAAUUAGUAGUGAAUCAAACUUUGUCAAUAAUUCAGCAGUAUUGUUAUCAUCUGAAGAUUCUGACUCAUAUUCAAACGGCAUCGGUGGAGCAAUAAAUUUCUACUGCAGUUAAGGGGGUGGUGCUAUUUAGUGGAAUUAUAAUGAGCCUCUGAUGACUUCUCUUCUUUUGAGAAGUCUAGCAAUGAGAGAUCUUUAAACUUCUUUUUCUUUGACAGAUCAGAAAUCAGGAGGAACCUUAGUAUCAAUAGAUCAGAAUAGUAAACUCUACAUAAGUGUCAUUUAAAAUACAAAGUUAGAUUUUCCCUCAACUUUUGAAACUGAAACAAGCUUUUUAAUCUCAAAUGGGGCUUUCAAAAUUGACUCCCUCAAAUUUGUUGGAUAACCGAACUCCUCUUAGACAUUUAGUUUUUCAACUGAUGGAAUUGAUUACACUAUUCCAGAUAAUAAGGCUUAUUAUUCCCAAAAUUCAGAUAACAGUAUCACUUCACCUUAAGUUUAGACAACUUCAUCAACAAACGUUUAGAUCAGCAUCAGUCUCAGAAAAUGUGAAUCUGGAGAGGCACUAUUAUCUUCUGGAAAAUGCCAAGAUUGUGCUGAGGACACAUACUUGCUUACUUCACCUUCAGGAGUCAUUAGCUGUAAGGCUUGCUAAGCAGAUGUUUCUUAUUGCUUCGGUCGAGAUUAAGUAUUUCCUAAAGCAAAUUAUUGGAGAAGUAGUAGUUAGAGUGACAAUUUCUUAAGAUGUAGAAAUGAUAUUGCCUGUCUUGGAAUGAAUCCUCCUGAAAAUAACACACUUGGUGCUUGCUAAACAGGGUAUUAAGGUAUCCUUUGCACAGAUUGCUAGAUAGGAUAUUCAAGAACUGGCACCUAUUUAUGCUCACUUUGCCCUGAUCAAACAUCGAACUCUUUCAAGCUUUUGGCUCUUUUUAUAGCAAUCAUUUUAGGUCUAGUUAUGCUCAUCAGAUCAACAAUUGCUGGUGCUUUAGAAUAAAAGAAUUAUUUAUCAGUUUUUAUCAGAAUAUUAAUGAACCACUUUUAGCUUUUGAUUAUUACAGCAUCAUUUGAUUUUGAGUGGCCAGAACAGUUACUUGAUUUCUUUAAUUCAGUAAAACCUGUUUCUGAGGCAACAACUCAAUUUUUAUCUGUUGAUUGUUUUAUUGAUACAAGGAAAAAUAAUGAUGAUUUAGGCAUCAUAAGAGCAUUUUAUGCAAAGACUAUUAUACUUGCUUUAGCUCCAAUAAUAGUUGUUGCAGUUUGCAUUAUAACUUGGGCGAUAAUUUUUAGAAUUUAAGACAGAAAAAAGCAUAUUUUUGAAAGGAACUUAAGACUAGAAAUUGAAAAAAGAAGAAAACAAGAUGAAUUCAAGAGAUAAAAUGCUGUUAUCAGAAAAACCUAAGAUCUUUCAGAGAUUGCAUCAGAUUCUAGUAGAGACAGUAAAAUGAACUUGUAAACUGGAGUUACUGAGAAAGAUCCAGUACUCAAUGAAGAUGAGAAAGAGAUCUUUGAAUAACUUUUAUCAUAAAGAAAGGAUAGAAGACAGGUUGCAUGGAUGUUGAUGGUACCAAUAGAAUGUCUGGGAAUUCCUGCUUAUGGUUUUUCAUUGAUUUAUAUUAGAAGAAAAGAUCUUGCUCUUGUAGAAGUUAAAGAAAAAUAUGGCUUUUUAUACAAUGGAUAUAAGGAGCAUUCGUUCUUUUGGGAAAUAUUUAUUAUGUAUAGAAAAAUAACCUUUAUUUUCAUCCAAGUUUUCCUUUCUCAAGUAGGAAAGGUUGUGCAGAAAUUUUUCCAAGAACUAAGAGUUACUCUUAAGAAAAAGGCACCUAGAGUUUAUUUUGUUCUAUUUUUAUACUUAAAUAAAAGCAGAGAUCUCUAUCUGAAUGGAUUUAUACCACCAGAAGACUAAGCUCUACAACAAAUUAUAGUCAAACUAAGUCAAUUUAAAGGAUAGAUUGAUAGAGUGAAAUCCUUUUAAAAGCUCUAAAAUCAUUCAAUCGAAAAGUUAAUUAUGGAUAAAGAAAUGAACACAGCUAUUGGUAAUUAAAUCAUUUAUCAUUUCAUUUUAGGAUAAUUCAAGCUCAGACCGAAACAUGACACUGAGGAAGAUACAUAAAAAUAUGAUAGAAAAUUGAGCAUUGAAUUUGAUGAUUAUCCAGAUAAUGAAAAAAGUAGAUAUGUAGGACUUCAUAAUCAAUACUCUUAUGAAGAAUUCGAUUUAAAUCACAACUUCAUGCACCUAAACAACGAUGCCAAAACAAAUUUUGACUCUGGAAGGGAACAUUAUUAAUCAGUGACUGAAAAAUAUAAUAAUGAAAUCGAUGAAUAUGAUAGAGCUAGAAAUAUCUACCUCAACAGAAAGGCAGAAAAGAGAAGCUAGCCUAAUUCUCCAAAUAGAAAUGGAAAUAUCUUUUAUAACAGUCAAGAUAUCGAAAGAAGAGUUUAGACAAAAAAGAAUAUAAGCUCAUAAUUUGUCAACAAUUUUUCAAAUCCACAUUUUGUAAAUCAUGCUGUUCAAAUAUAGCCAAAUAAUGCGUCUUUAUCAAUAUCUUCUCAAGGUUAAAGUAGACAUAGUUCAGCAUAGAUGAAAGCAAGAAAUGAUAAAAUAUUAUUUGAUAAAUCCAUUGAGGAAGAAGUGGAAUUCCAAUCUGAAAUGGCAAGAUAGCUUAAUGAUCCUUCUGGAUUGAGUAAAAGAUAUAUGUCUUAUGAUCUUCAAUAUGGAAGCAAUGAAGUUUUCUUUACAGAUAACAAACAAGAUGAUUCUCACUUCAUUAUAUCAGGAGGGGCAAAAUUAAUGAUGUCAGAAGAGCAAAUAUUUGCAAAUGAUUAACAAAAUAUUGCUGAUAAAAUUGAUUUAUAUCAAUCUCAACUUUAGAGCCAGCUCUAAAGUGGUAUCUUCGACAUAAAGUUAAAGUAGCAAAAUAAGAUGAGCAAGAAUCAAUCUAGUCACCAUUUUGGAGGUGGUACUUUACUGAAUCUUUACUAGACUAAUCAAAAGAAGUUAAAAGGACGGAUAAGAGAUUAAAGGCUAAGAAAAUAUGCAUUUAAAUCUGAAUCAAGGCUAUUUUAGGCUAAAGUAGCACCAUCAGAAGUUAAACUUGAUGAAAUAGAAGAUUACGAUACCCAUUAAAUCAGAUAGCUUGCAACUAUAUAACCAGAUGAAGAAAAUAAAAAUAAAAAUCAUUAUCCCUAUGAUGAUGAAGACGAAAUCGAUUUCUAAGCUGAUAGCUUCUCCCAUGAAAACUCAACUGGAAAGUUAUAAUUAUUAAACAUCUCUAAUGCACUUAAUUCACCUUAAGCACAAGAGCUUAAUAGGAAUACUAUUCAAGAUUGA